AUGGAUUCUACUGUACCAUUCCCUCUCUGUAAACUUCCAUUUAUUGCACUCUCUGUUGUAACUUCUUACUUGAAAAUUAUGGAAAUAAUUGUACUUCUCAACACUUCCAAAAAUGCGAAACGUCUUGUUUCCCAGUCCAUUAGAAACCUUUCGAGACGAGUAGCAAAAGCAAAAGAUGAUCACUACUCCGUAUUGAUCAUUUCUACUAAAGAACAUUUCAAAGUUAUGUUAGAAAACCAAUUGACCUACUAUAUUGGGAAUGACAUUAACAAAGUUCGAGAAUCAAUCAAUUACCUGAACGAAGAAUUUCGGGUGAAUUUCAAAGCCCAAAUUAAUUACAAUCAGAAAGAAAAUGUCAUAAAUGCUCUUGAAAGUAUACCACCUGCUAAACAUUUUUAUAUCAUAACUUUCACCAGCCAAACCAUAUCGGAUGAUGUGUUCGAGAUUCUUCUAAGCAAAAAAAAACAUCUAAAUUGCGCAUCAGUGUGCUCAACCCACACAAUAUAAGCAACCGUAAUUUGGACAAGCUUCCUCGUUGUGUGAAUACAGCGCUUAGUUUGAACCGUAUUAACAUUUCCAGUCAACAAUUGAAUGAAUUCAUCAGAAAAUGGAUUAAACGAUCAGCUAAUUUUAAUAGGUUUGAAGCGAAAGGAAUGAACAUCAGACUUGAUAAAUCAGUAAUUUUAAUGAAUACAAAACAUAAAAAAGUGGAAGUGUUUUUAUCGUUGAAAACAUAUUAUAUAUAUAUUUAUACUUACAGAUCGACUAAUGAUUCAGUUUCCACGUUUGAAAUAAUGAAUCACUUUACAAUUAGGGAAAAGAUACUACUCAUUGGUGAACACAAGAUUCAGGUCGGAAGGCAUUUCUACUUUUAA